AUGUGCCACAUUGUUGUCAUAGUGUUCUACUUUGCUGCAUUUCAUUGCGCGGCUGGCGUGGGAUUUUGGGGCAAAUGUGUAUGGACGUUUGCGGGCGUUUCCCGCUGCUUCAGUUCAAAUCGAAAGUUAGGGGUCUGGCUUCGCCAUGGCAACUCACGAGGCGUCGGUGUUGCUUGGAAACUCAUUUUGCGCUCGUUCCUACGCCAGGACGACUACGAUUUUUUAUACAAAGUCGUAUUGGUUGGUGAUGCCACGGUGGGCAAGACUCAUUUAUUGUCCCGCUACAUCAAAGGCUUUCUGCCCAAAAACCCCACCGCCACGAUUGGCGUGGAGUUUGCGACCCGAACUGUCCCAUUAGCUGUUGGAGGUACAGUGAAGGCACAGAUAUGGGACACAGCAGGGCAAGAGAGGUAUCGAGCCAUCACCAGUGCACACUACCGGCGAGCCGUUGGAGCGCUUCUCGUGUACGACAUUACAAGAGAAGGAACCUUCAAGAGCUGUACGAAGUGGAUGGAGGAGCUUCGGCAAAGUGCGGAGCCUGACAUUGUCAUCAUGCUCGUGGGCAACAAGGUAGAUCUGGUAGAGAAGGAUCCCUCCACGCGCCAGGUCUACUUCGACGCAGCGCAGGAGUUUGCAAAGCUGCAUGGCCUGAUCUUUGCAGAGGCCAGCGCAGUCACUGCCCACAACGUAAAGUACAUUUUCGAGCACUUGCUCCAGGAGAUUUACGAUCAGACCUCCAAGAGGAGAGAGCAGCAGAGCAUCGACACCAACAUGGUGGGCGGCAUUCAGGUUGCCGCCAUUGGGCCGAAGCAGGACAGCGGGGAUCCCAAAUGGGCCUUUGCCGUGGGUUUGAAUGUGAAGCUGUCGCCCCGCAAGAGCGCUGCCGUGUGCUUCCUGGAGCAGCGGCUUCUGAGGGCGGACAGCGACAGCAAAAUCAAGACCAUGAAAGACAGCUUGUACGAUGGCGUCAGCGGAUGUGGCGAGGGCAGAUACAAGUACCUCAAGCUGCGGUCCACCACGGAUCUCAACAAGAGGUAUGCCGAGCCCGCCACCAGCUCCCAGGAGUUCGGCUGGACCCAGCCAACAGGUGAGUAUCGGGCAUCGCCGUUUUGCCACAAGCCUGGCGUGGCGGAAUGCUUCAACCGCCCGAGCGGUGCGGUUACGUACAAGGACCUGCCGUUGCAGUCGAAGCCCUGAGAUGUCGGAAAUCGGGCGGUGACAAAAUCUCCCAGUUCUCAACCUGACGCUCGGAUCUUUACGCACG